AUGUCUGCAGCGCGCGGCGCUUUGCGGCCGGAGCGUGAGCCGCGAAUUCCGCUGGCGGUCGCCGAUGCGCCGACGCAGCGUUUCUAUGCAGCCACCGUUUUCAUUGCGUGUGAAGCGUGGAAACUUGCGCGGAUCGUUGCGGUAGAGUACCGCAGCGCCCCGACGUCGUUUUUCGAGCCCACGACCCUCUUCCGCGCGCUACUGCUCGACUUUGCCCUAGUGUAUGGGAUAUACUGGCUAGCGAUCCCUACAAGCGACCCUGGUGUCGCGACCGCUGCUGAGCCAAGUGCACGAUCUCCCCGGCGUGCGCUCUCUGGCAAAGCGUACGCGUGUUUCUUUCUUGCGCUUGCGCUCUUUGAUACCCUUUUGCUAGGCCUCGGUGAGCUGCGCCCCAUUUUCAUGGUGCUUGGUGCGCUUGCCAAUGCCACGUCACCGCUCGCGACAUGGCUCGGGAUUCCUCUCCCUUCCCCGCCCCUGGGCCUCGGCGAGCAUCGAAUCCGAGCGCACGACCAAGUGCACGCCGAUGCGCUCAUGUCCGGCAUGCACACGGUGCAUAUUCUCCCGUAUGGCACGGCGUGGCUUGCGCCUGAAGCAUCGUGUACGUGCGUCGGCACCCAGCGCGACGCCGUGAUCCCUGUUGUGUUUAACCAAACCAUUCCCCACACGUUGCGGUAUAGCAUCACGGACGCGGAGCACGGAAACCAAAGCUUUUACCACGUACGUGCGCCCAAGACCACGCCCAUAGCGCAUGGACAGCAGCGUGGCGCUGACGACGCGCCCGAUGUGCCGAACGCGGCGCAAGCACGCACACUGCGCGAGCGAAAACGGCGCCGCGAAGCCGCGAAAGCGGCACAAACGCAGCACAAACGCAGUCCAGAGCUUGUGCACUACCUCACUCUCCACCAGCCCGGCAUCGUCCAGCUCGAGUCCGUGCUGGACAAGCAAGGCAAUGCCGCGCAGCUCCGCGACGGCGAGGUGCUCCUUGUGCCGUGCCCUGCUGCUGACUUUAUGCGCACGAGCACUGCGUUCUGCCCUGGAGAAGAAGGCGCCCUGCACGUACAGCUCAGCGGCGUGCCUCCCCUCCAGCUCGAGUACGCCCACGUCCAGGACGGGCGGCGCAAAAUGCACACGCUUUCGCACCUCGCGCCUGUACAAAAAGAAGCACAGCGUGCGGUUUCGAGCUCCAGCGUCGAGCUCCCUCUUGCCCUGGACCUCUCGCGCACAGGCACGCAGUCUUUUGCGCUGCACACUGUCGUCGAUGCGUGCGGCAAUGCAGCCACGCUGGACCGCGAACAGAACGUUACGGUCCAUCCACGCGCGCACGUCCGCUUCGAUCCCCAGCAGUGCGCGCCUUCGCGCCCCCUCAAGCUGCUGCGCGGCGGCAGCGGCCUUGAUUUGCGCGUGCUUCUGGAUGCGCCGACGCCCUGGAACGUGCGUGUAGCGUACAGUCCCGAUACGGACGCUGCGCUGCACCCCAAACUCACGCCCAGCGAUGCGUGGACGCGCAAUGUGACGCUUGCGCGCGUCACCAGCAUCCACAGUACGCAGCCUGGCACCUACACGCUCGCCGACCUGCACAAUGCGUAUUGUGCAGGCACCGUCGGCGCGCCGUGGACGUGCGAAGUGAUCGAUGUGCCACCGCCCACCGCAUCCAUCCACUUUGAAAGCAUCGAGGAUCCCUGUGCGGGCACCGUCGGCGUCAAGGCGCUCUCGGUCCUUGAAGGCGAACCGCCAUUCCGCCUCGUGUACCAAGUGCAGCGCCGUGGACAGCCUCCAAAACGCCACGAGCGCAUCGUCCGUGCCCAGACGCGCGACGAGCUCGAAUUCUGGCCGAGCACCAAAGGCUCCGUGACGUACACCUUUGUGUCCCUCGGCGACGCCAACUACCCCGACAUCCCUCUCCACGGCCCCUCCUUUACCCAGCUUAUCCACCCGCUUGCGAGCGCAAGCUUCGCCGCGAACGAAGGCGCACAGGCAGACGCCACCGUCCACAGCUGCGGGAGCGCACGCGCCGAGGCAGAAGUCGUCAUGACGGGAACGGGCCCCUGGGAGCUCGCCUACUCGGUGCGCGGCGCAACCGCCGCUCCUUUUGAGCACACGGCGCACAUUGCACACGCCCACCAGGUGCUCGACAUUGCGCUGCCCGACGAAGUCGUGCGGCAGCAUGGGCAUGCGACCAUCAGCCUCUUGCGCCUGCGCGACGGCAAAGGAUGCGAGCGCCGCCUGGCCACGCGCGAUCUUCGCAUCGAUGUGCGCCAUACGCGCGCCACCGCUGGCUUUUCUGCGGACGAUGCGCCGCAAGUUGUGAUGCGCGAGGGAUCCCCUGCUUCGCUUCCCCUCCGCCUCACCGGCAACGCGCCGUGGCGCCUCGCCUAUACAUUCACCGCAGAAAACGGCGCAAGCACCGAGCACACCGCGACGCUGCACGAGCCGAACGCGAGCCUCUUGGUGCAUGCGCCCGGCACCUUUACGCUCCAGAGCGUCGCCGAUGCACAUUGCCGCGGCGACCUUUUGCCGCAGCACACGUACACGGUCCCGAUGCGCCCCCGGCCGCAAGCUGGCUUUGCGGGGACGUCGGGGACCCUGCAUGCGAAUGGCAGUAUGGUGCGUGCGCCUGUGUGUGCCGGCGUGCCGGACAGUGCGACGCUAGAGCUGCUUGGGUACGCGCCUGUUUCUGUGAGCUAUGUACAGCAUCUUCCCAACGUGGGCAUCCAGCCGCAGCGUUUCAGCACGAGCCAGGCAGCCUCGCCCGUGGCCCUGGCUACAGAAACGCCCGGAUGGCACACGUAUGAGAUCACGGACGUGGGCGAUGCGCUCUAUCCUUCGGCGGGGAUCAGUGCGGGCGCCGCGCAGCGCCUCGAGCAGAUGGUGCUCGCCAAAGCGCACGCUGCUUUUGCGCCGCACCCCUUGCGCAAGCUGCCGACGUUUUGCGUGGGCGACACGCUGCACAGUGUGCCGCCUGUCCAGCUGCACGGGACGGCGCCGUUCACGCUGCGCAUGACAUUGCGUCGCAAGGGCACGUCUGGCCACGCCGCGCAGCGCCCGUUUACCUUUACACGCACGCUCCACGACGCAGAAUAUGUCCCGACGCUCGACGCGCACGCAUUUACGUUCGAUGCGAGCGGCGAUUGGGAGCUUGUGCUGGACCAUGUCGUGGACGUGCAUGGAUGCGGCGCCGCGCGCAGCGAGCUUGGCGCGUCGCUCCUGCUCCGUGUGGUCGAGACGGCGGGGAUCGUGCCGAGCGCAGAGCGCACCGAGUUUUGUGUGGGCGAAAAGAUUGCCUAUGUGCUGCAGGGUAUGGCGCCGUGGACUGUGCAUUACAGCUUUAACGGCAAGGACGUGCGUGUCACCUCCCACACCGCGGAAUUCUCGCGUCUCGCCGAGGCACCCGGCGUGCUUCGCGUGCAUUCCGUGGCGCACCAGCAGAACCAGUGCCGUAGCGUGGGCGAGGGAGCGCAGGCUGUGGUGCACGCAUUGCCCAGUGUACGUGUCUCUGCUGGGCGCAAUCUCGUCGAGGCUUUGCAUGCGGGCAGGGAGGCAGAAAUUGUGUUUACGCUUGGCGGCGAGCCGCCAUUUUCCUUCACGUACCAGCGCACGGAGCCGGUCGAUACCCAUGCGCAUCCGCGCGUCUUGGAGACACACACCGUGGAGAAGAUGGAGGAGAGGGUGUAUAGGAUAAAGACGACGCAGGAGGGGACCUGGUCGGUUGUUUGGACGCAGGAUCGGUGGUGCCAGGUAUCGCUUGGCGAUGCAAGUGGGCCUGCGACGUGGCAAUGA